UCAAUUGUCAAAACGAAACACGUCAACACGUAGCUAAAGUGCAUGUUUUGUUUAAAAAUAUUCCAAAAUUGAAAAUAAUUUGUCAUAAAAAUGGUUCACACAACAAUGGAGGGAUCUCUCUUUGAGCCAACCCUAUACAUAGUGAAAGGCAUGUGCAUCUUGGACAAUGAUGGGAACAGGAUCCUCGCCAAGUAUUAUGAUAAAGAUGUCCUGCCCACUGCCAAGGAGCAGAAGGCAUUCGAGAAGAACUUGUUCAAUAAGACACAUAGAGCAAAUGCGGAGAUCAUAAUGCUGGAAGGUUUGACCUGUGUUUACAAGAGCAAUGUGGAUCUUUUCUUCUAUGUUAUGGGCAGCUCACAUGAAAAUGAGCUUAUCCUCCAGUCAGUACUGAACACCCUGUACGAGUCAGUCAGUAUACUACUGAGGAGGAAUGUAGAGAGGAGAGUCCUGCUGGACAACCUGGACGCUGUGAUGCUGGCCUUUGAUGAGAUCUGUGAUGGCGGAGUGAUUCUGGACUCGGACCCAACAUCGAUAGUUGGACGCGCAGCACUACGGACCGAAGACGUACCGCUAGGCGAGCAAACCGUAGCACAGAUUCUACAGAACAUAAUGAAUAUGUAAGCGAAUACGGGGCAAAUACAUAGUUGUGAAUACGUACGAUGUUAUCUGUAUAAAUUAGUAGUUAUUUAGUUGCUUAUUAAAAAUAUAUUUACUAACAUUA